GAAAUUACCUUUGUAAAAAAUGAGAGUUAUAGAGUGAGGGUUGAGUGCAAGGCCAAAUGUGGUUUUUUAAUGCUUUGCUCUAAGGUGGGCCAUAAGCACAGUUAUGCCAUAAAGACUAUAAAAGAUACCCACGCAUGUGCUAGGGUUUUGGAUAACAAAAGUGCAAGUUCUAAGUGGGUGGCUAAGGCUGUGGUCAAAAAGAUGAGAACAUCUGACAAGGUAAGGACAUGUGACAUAAUCCAAGACAUGAGGCAAAAUUAUUCUGUUGGGAUCACUGUGUGUAGGGCAUGGAAAGCAAAGUUGAUUGCCAAAAAAAUCAUUGAAGGAGAUGCAGACAAGGAGUAUGCAAAUCUGUGGAGGUAUGCAGUUGAGUUGCAUAUGGUCAAUCCUGGAAACAUUGUGAAGAUAAACAUAGAGAGGCCUUUACCUACCAUCCAACCAAGGUUUGGAUCUUUUUAUUUCUGUUUUGAUGGAUGUAAAAAAGGUUUUACAAAUGGUUGUAGACACUUCAUUGGGGUAGAUGGAUGUCAUUUGAAAACAAAGUAUGGAGGUCAACUGUUGAUUGUUGUUGGAAGAGAUCCAAAUGAUCAAUACUUCCCUUUGGCCUUUGGAGUGGUGGAAACAGAAACCAAGGAAUCAUGGAGGUGGUUUAUACAACUGUUAAUGGAAGACAUUGGGCAGGACAAAAGAAUUGUGUUCAUCUCAGAUCAACAAAAGGGACUGGUUGCAGUUUUUGAAGAGUUGUUUGAAAGAAUUGAACAUAGAUUAUGCUUGAGGCACUUAUAUGCGAAUUUUAAGAAGAAGUUUGGUGGAGGAGCAUUGAUAAGAGACUUGAUGAUGGGAGCAGCCAAGGCAACCUACCAACAAGCAUGGACAUUAAAGAUGAAUGAGUUGAAGGCUGUAGAUCCAAAGGAUUGGGCAUGGCUUAUGGCAGUUCCUACAAAGUCUUGGUGUAAGCAUGCAUUUUCAUUCUAUCCUAAGUGUGAUGUACUUAUGAAUAACAUAGCUGAGUCAUUCAAUGUCACUAUUUUGAAUGCUAGAGAUAAACCUAUAUUGACCAUGUGCGAAUAGAUUAGAAAAUAUCUGAUGAGUAGGUGUAGUAAUUCUACUUUGAAACUAGACAAGUGGCCACACAAAGUGAUGCCUAUUCCCAGGAAAAGAUUAGACAAUGAGGUAGCUAUGAGUGGACAUUGGUUGCCAACCUGGGCUAUGGAGGAGAAAUUUCAGGUCACUAAUUCUUAUAACAGGCAAGAGUUCAUAGUUGACAUUGCUAAAAAGAAUUGCACAUGUAAUUUUUGAGAUCUAGUAGGUAUUCCAUGUAGACAUGCUGUUGCUGCAUUAGGGUUUAGACAGCAGAACCCAGAGGAUUUUGUUCAUGAGUAUUACACUAGAGACAGGUAUGCCAUGUGUUAUGGAUUUGCUAUUAGUCCAAUUAAUGGCACCGACAUGUGGCCUGAGGUUGAAAGUGAAGAACUAUUACCUCCUAAUUACAAAAAGGGACCUGGAAGGCCUAUGAAGCUAAGGAUAAGGGAAAGUGGAGAAGAAGGAGCUAGAAGAAGGUUACCUGGUGUAUCUUAUAGAUGCACCAGGUGUGACAAGGUGGGACACAAUGUGAAGACAUGCAUAAAACAUAACUCAUUUUAUUGACAUAAAAUCAACAAGGUUUUACAUCCAAAUGCCACCAAAAUACACAAUGUCAAACAAGGAGAUGUUAACCUAAGUAAUACAAUAUGCCAAUAAGCAAAAAACGGAUAAUCAAUGUUGUCUUCUUCAGCCUCAUAUUAACACUUGUCUGACUUGCAAUCUUCUUCUUCAACUUCUCAAUUUUGUUUGUUGCUGUCUCUAACUUCACUGCUAGUAUAUCACAACUUUUACAUUCUGGUAGUUUCAUCAUAUGCCCAUUGAUAUGGUCUCUGAUUUCAUCAUCCCACACGAACAAUUCACAGCUAUUUACAGACUAUAAAACACAAUGAAGAAUUGUUUAAUAAUAAACAAAUUUCCAGAUAACAUGAAAUAGAACUUUCAACAUGAUAUUGAACAAUUUUCCAGAUAACAAAGAAGCAUACUUACCCCAGCAUUGCGGCAUUUCCAGAACUUUCUAUUGCGAUUUUGAACCGUGUUGGCCACCCACAUCUUCAUUGGUUUGUCACAACCACAUCUGGGUAAAUCUGGAUUUUGAAACGAAUUUACACUGCUACCAUACGAGUUGCUUUCGGCCAUGAGUGACGAAGAUGAAUCUGGGUGUGACGAAGAUGGAGGAAAGACGAUGAUGGAGCAAGGUGUGACGAAGAUGGAUGAUGGACGCGGAGAAAGAGAGGGACGAUGAUGGAGGAAGGACGAUGAAUGAUUCACGGUGGAGAAAGAGGGAAAGAUGAACCCUAAUUUUAUGAGGGUGGAUCCCAGUCAGCGCCACCGUGUCCAAUGCUACAUUGACCAGUCAGUAAGUGUGGUAACAAGGAGUGGUAAAUCCAUGUUUUGGGUUUUAUAAGAGGCGUUUGGUAAAAAAAACAUUCAAUGGGGAAAACCGAAUCUCGCUAUAUUGGC